AUGCCCGAUUUUACAACUACAAUCAAAAGAGUUGUAGCGAUUCCUAUUGAAAUUCUAUGUAAUGGUUUGGAAGGAGAUCAUAAUGGUGUUUUAUACGCCGAAUUUUCUUUUGUGCCAGAUGAUUUAUUAUACACGGUUCUACCAAAUCUUGAAGAAUUUGCUAGACAAAUAGUUGCACACAACUAUGAAAAUCGUGAUAUAUUUGAGUUGAAUGUGCGUCUUUCUGCCAUAACAUCAAUUGAAGAGGAGGAAGAAGAUUUUAGAAAUCAAGAUGAUUAUGGUCAAGCUCAACAAGUUGUUGAUUUGAUGGAGAAAUUAGAAAACUGUUAUCCUUUUUCUGACUCAACCGAACAAUGUCCUAUUUGUUUGGAGGAGUUUUGCAUUAAAUCAGAUUUAGCUCAUGAGUCAAAGUUAGAAGAUGACUCUAAAGAUAAAGAUGAGUCAGACUCUGAAAGUGACUAUGAAGAUGAAGAAGACUCUGAAGGCGAGUCUGAUUCUGAAGGUGAAUCUGAUUCUGAUCCAGACUCUGAUGAUGAGCCAGAAUCUGGAGGUAAUCAAAUCUUUGAAGGUGGAGCUUCUGAAGGUGGAGCCUUUGAAGGUGGUCCAACUUCUGAGGGCGGUCAAGCAUCCGAUAAUGUUCUAGAAUCAGAAGGGGAUUCUAAACAAGUUUAG